AUGAUUAAAAACUACCCUAGUCGAGAAUCCCGACAAAACUCCCACGGGACUCCUGUCUUGGGAUCCUGCGGCAGUCAGAUAACAAAUAUUUUUAUCAGUCUAACUGAAAUGUCUGUUUCUGAUACAAAUGAACGUCGAUAUUGCGAUUUCUAUGUGGGUAAUCUUGAUAAUUAUAUCGAUGAUAAAACUAUUUUAUCUUAUUUUUCAAAAUUUGGCGACAUAAUUGGCUGUAAUGUGUUUCAAAAAAGUUUCAAACGAUGUUGUUUUGCAUUUCUUACAUGUUCUAAAUCAAAUAUGGUUGAUAAUAUAAUGAAACAUCGACCUCAUUUAAUGACGUUUCGAGAUGAAAGACGACGUUUGUUUGUUAAACGAACAAUUCCAAGAGAACGUCCUGAAAUUGAACGUAUUGCAUCUGUUAAUCAAUUGAUUAUUUGUUUAAAUAAAAAUGAUAGUGAUUUUAAUCAAGAAAAUAUUUGUAAAUAUUUUAGACAGUAUGGUACAAUUACUGAUUGUAAAUUAAUAAGACAAAAUAACUACAAUAAAACUUAUUGUUUAUUAGAAUUCGAUGACUACGAUCCUAUAGAUUGUGCCAUUUUGGAUUUGCCCCAUUAUUUAAAUGGAAAUGAAUUGAAAGUCGAUAAAUACAUUUCACAAGAAAAAAUUAAAGAAUCCAAAUGGACAAAACCUAUACUUUAUGAAUAUCCUUCUUCAGAAUCUAAUGAACAUAUUAAACGUACGCUACAUUCUCAAAAACAUUUGACUCAUGAAAUCGAUCGUUUAAAAGGAUUAAUCUCAUCACUACGUGUGUCACUCAAAAUAAAAUUAAUAAGUCUAGAAGCUCAAUAUCAAGAUAAAAUAGCAAAACUUGGAGAUCAAAAGUUAAAAGAACAGUUUAGCAAUUUAAAACAGAAAGUUGAUGCAUUAGAAGAUAACAACAAAAAUUUAAAAUCUAUAAUUCAAAAAACAGAAUUGGAAAAUUCCAUACUUGAACCAGAUUAUAUUGAACAAUUACAAUAUGAAAAAAUUAAAUUUAACAAUCUAAAAACAAAGUAUAAUGAUUUAUUGCAGUUUCGUGAACAAAAGAGCAUUAAUCAGUUAAAAAAUCUAUAA